GGGUACGUACCGAACGGCGAGGCGAGAGAAGAAGUGGGAGCUGUUCGAGUCGAGGCGCUUACAUUGUACGAGUACCGGCUGUGAUUGUAGAUGCGCAGUACGAUAACCAGUACUCGAUACUUGUAAAAUGAGAGAAUCCGCAGCGACUAACCUCGAAAAGUAAUCCCUCCAAGGCCCUUGUUAAGUUGUUUCUCGAGUUGCUGUUCCGUGCCUGUGGAGCCCCCAGUCCCAUCCCAUCCCCAUGUAAUGUACGAGCAUUACCCAGUAGCUACUUGUGCUUGUGCUAACUUGUGCCUUGUACAGCAGGUACCAUCUUGGUUCCCCCCGUCGCGUGAGCUAGACGCAGCGCCUGUAGCGGCACAACAGCGACAGAAAUACGUGCCAAAACAGCGCCGUUACGAGCAGCGACAACUCACGACCUCCAUCCUCAGCCUUUUUCCGCUCUUCUCGCCUCGCCCCUGCUUCAAUUGCUCGCCCUUGCGUCGCUCCAGCGCAAAUCGCCAUCGCCAAGCGACUUUUGAUCGGAUGGAAGCGCUAGAAAAAUGCAGCGAAGCAGCCAAGUUUGCGGGGCAGUCGGCGCUAGGCCGGAAAUGGGGGGGAGGGACGGGCGUAUGUACAAUGUGUACAUGUGUACGAGUUACUGUACGUACUCCCCCCUACACACAUGGCCAAAAUGACGUCGUUGUGUGGAGUCUGGACGAGGCAUAUCCGAAGCAGGUCAAAGACGGUGAAAAUGGGAAAAUCGAGGGAGGGAAUUUGAGGCGAGAAGGCGAGCGGCUGAAAAAGAUGGCGAUUUUGGCUGGGGGAAGAUUUCCGGGGGUUGGUUUGCUGGGUUCUGGUAUUGAUUGGUUCAUGGGGCUUGACUGCAGGAGGACAAUGGCAAAUGGCAAUGGCAAUCAAUGGAACGAACAGAUGCCGAAGCCGGUUGGAACUGUCUGUCGUCAUGAUUGAACUGAACUUGGCCGAAGCGAAGGGGGAGAAACACCAGCGCCCGGAUUAAGCGUUUACAUCUACCGGCAUUGCCAUGGGGUUAAAAGGCGAUCCCGGGACGCACCGAGGGCGAAUUGGAUCGUGAGGAAGGGCGAAACACGAAGAGGUGCUGACAUUACAUACAGCGCAUUUGGGGGGGAAGAGACUGGUCAGGUCAGGUCAGGUCAAUGGCCGAGGGGGUGUUAACUUGUUACUUGUUAGUAGUUACUGUACAGUACAUACGGGGAAGGGGGUUGGUGGCAGCAUCUCCGAGGUGAGGUGGCUUU